CUCUACCGGCUCUCUACCGGCUCUCUACCGUCUGUCUACCGGCUCUCUACCGUCUGUCCACCGGCACUCUACCGGCUCUCUACCGGCACUCUACCGGCUCUCUACCGGCUCUCUACCGGCUCUCUACCGGCUCUCUACCGGCUCUCUACCGGCUCUCUACCGGCACUCUACCGGCUCUCUACCGGCUCUCUACCGGCACUCUACCGGCACUCUACCGGCACUCUACCGGCUCUCUACCGGCUCUCUACCGGCACUCUACCGGCUCUCUACCGGCACUCUACCGGCACUCUACCGGCUCUCUACCGGCUCUCUACCGGCUCUCAGGGUUUAUGGUCGUUAUAUCGAUCCAGUAAAAAGCGCCGUCGCACCGGUUUAUGGCAGCUCGUUCAAAGCGUCACCGGAAACACGUGCAUCCGGCCCGGUGAGAGCCACAGACACUGACCGUUAGUGGACCGUUAGUGGACCGUUAGUGGACCCUAACUGCUUCUGAUCUGAUUGAUCAUCGAUCAGUUCCGGAUGUGUAACCUGUGCAGUCUGUGGUGAUGGAUGAGGCCCCCUGCAGAGACGAGGACUCGGACCACGUUGUGGGUCUCAGUCUGUGUGACUCGGCCCCCCUGCUGUGGAGGGUGGAGGACCUGCGCUCAGUGAGGUCUCGGGGUCUGGUUGGGGCUCUGCUGGGUUCCCUGCCCCGAACCCCCCGACAGAACGGUCGUCUGGGCCGACCGCUGCUGCUUCUGCCGGAGGAGGAGAGACUGCUGAGUGAACGCCACGCUGCCGCCGCUCUGCCGCUCGCCGCUGACCAGGUCCGUCCUGGUGGAGGGGGGGCGGAGGUGCAGCAGUAUGUGGAGGACCAGCAGAGGACUUAUGAGGAGCAGAGUGUCCUCGCUCUGGCGGACAGGAAGUCGGCGCUGCUUCGAGCCAUGACAUCAUCACAUACAGGGUCUGGAGCUGCAGACGAGGCUCUGCGGAGCCGCCUGGAGGCCCUGGACCGGAGCUUUACGUUCCCUCACUCUGCACUGGCAGUCCAGCUGAGCACGGCGAGGGCGGGGCUGACGUACUGCCCCGAGGCCCGGGCCUUCCUGCGGGCCAACUGGCCGAUCAGAGGGCGGGACGAGCCCUGCUGCAUCGCCAGGUACCAGGUGUUCAGAGACCUGAGGGGGCGGGGCUUCUACCUGACCUCAGCGGGGAAGUUUGGAGGAGACUUCCUGGUGUAUCCAGGUGACCCCCUUCGGUUCCACGCUCACUUCAUUGCGGUCUGCUGGUCUCUGGAGGACUCUGUCUGUCUGCUGGACCUCCUCGCCAUCGCCCGUCUGGGCUCCAACGUGAAGAAGACGGUCCUGCUGUGCUCGCCGGCGGCGGACGGGGGCGUGCUGUACACCUCGCUACAGUGGAGCGGGAUGGUCUAAACCUGGACCCUGCUGGUCCUCUUCCACGACUCCUGCUGGUCUCUGGGUCCCAGACUGAGACCAGAAACCCUGAACAGGAACUAAAGACAAACAAUGAGGUCUGAAUCCGUUCAUUAGUUAUUGAUCCUUCAGAGAACUGAUCAGAAACCUGAAGGUGAGUCCGGUCCCACAGAGGGACCAGAAUCCAGUCUGGAGCCAGUUGUUAGGAACAGGAUCACUGUGGGUCCUGGACUGGAGGGGUACCGGUAACUGAUCAGCAGAUAUAUUGUUAAAUUAUUGAUCAGAUCCUCACUGCUGACCACAGACCUUCUCUUAGAGUCAAUAAGCAAUCAAUAAUCAAUACUGUCUGAUGAUGAUGAAGUUUCUGUAAUUUAGCCUCACUGACUGAAAAUAAAGUGUCUUCAGUGUGACCUUUGAACCCAA